UUACCGAUCAAUCUCGUCCACAGGCGUCCCUUUUCCUCCAAAUCCUCUCCAGCAACCAUAGCCGUUAUAUUCAAGCGGAUUUCUCUUAGUUUCACACAAGACCAUAGCACCAAACUGGGCUACAUUUCUUUUCGAUGGUGUCUGGAACCUGCCUGUGUAAUACAUCAGAAAAAACGAGGAUAUAACAACUACGGCUGCCACUGUGGAAUAGGAGGAAGAGGAGAGCCUUUGGACGGAAUUGAUAGGUGUUGUCCUGACCAUGACCAAUGUUAUGAUGCCAUCAUCGACAACAAAAUUUGCGGUUCCCUUAAAAGUGCCGUCUAUCUAAUCUUCUACUGGAGAAACGGCUAUUCGAACUGUGCUUCAAGGCGUCUUAACACUGCUUGUCAGAAAGCUCUUUGUGAAUGCGAUGGUACGGCAGCAAGAUGCUUUAAACGGAACGAGUUCUCAUUCCAUAGUCGAAGUAUAAACUACAAUAAAUUACUAUGCUGAAAAGUGUAUGAAAUAUUGUCUUAGAUACUUAAUUGUGGCUCAUUAGGCCGGUACAUGUUUCUUCACUGCUAAUCGAUCGUUGUAGCCCUCUCAUCCUAACUUUUAAUCACCAGCGUGUUCGAACCUGCUACAAUGUCAGUUUCAGAUUAUACUACUUCACACCUUCAAGUUUAAAUUAUUGACAAAAAAGGAAGGGAAGGAAGGGGGAAUUGUUACCUUAUUAAUAACCAGAGUGAUGCGGAAAAUGAUAUUGUUUCUGUUGCCCUCAAAUUUAUCUUCAUUGUAAGAGUGAAAUCUCAUAUGCUGAAAUGGCACACCGUGUUUCGCAUGAGUGUACUGAACGAGCGUUGUAGCUAAAUGACGAUAUCUUGGAUAAAUAACUGAUCGCUUUCAUUCUUGCUUUCGCGUUUACUUGAUAGAGUAACAGUGUGACAGAAUGAAUUACUAUCUGACUGACUGACUGACUGACUGACUGACUGAAUGGAUAAAUGAAUGAAUGAUUA